GAAGGGCCUGAGGAUCGGCAAGAGUGCUCCCUCCGUCACUGGCUCGUCAGAGUUGGAAACCAUGCGGCACAACCGGCAGGCAGAACCCUCAUCCACACGAGCUGCGUUACAGUAGUUGCAUAGAGGGUCCUUUCCUCCUUCUCUCGAUAUCCACCAGCAUUGAACAUCUCCGUGGCGCUCGGUAUCCGUGUCUCUCGCCAGCACUUUCGCAUUCUCAAGGGAAUCACAAACGACCACCCUCAUACUUCUGAGCUAUCAACAUGGCGGUCGACAUCCCUAUGCGGUCCCGCAGAGUCGGCCCUCCGUCCAGCGAGGCUGUCUCGCAACAAUCCGGGGGCGGCAACUCACGUUCGACGGUUUCCAGUCUCCCGACCUCCGAAGCGACGUCGGUCCACGACGGCGACGAUCUGCAUGUUCUCAUCGGGAGCUUCAAUCUAGCAACACGCGGCCCGAACAUCGAAACAGGGGAGAUCCCGAACCUGCUAACGUGGCUGCGACCACCCGCCGAUAGCAGCGCCGCACACCGCGUCAAACCGGACAUUGUAGUGGUCGGGUUCCAAGAGCUCGUGUCUCAGUUUUUAGGAGCGCGACUUCCGCUAGGUGGAUCAUGUCACGGCGACGUGAGUCUCGUUGAGAAAGCUGACACCGGCCGCCUCGAUUUUCUCGAUCCGUGGAUACGGCUGGUGCAGGAUGAGCUGCACAACAUCUAUGGCGACGAAGGUGGAGACGCGUCCAAGAGCGGGUUGGGCCGCUCGUCGAUCGAAAGUGAGGAGGACGAUCUGUAUUAUGAGCCGUACCUGAUCAGCCGGAUGGUUGGGCUCGGAUUGAUAUUGUUCGUCCGAAGAGGGUCAGGAGCACGGCAUGAGGUGGAGGCGGUUUGGGAAGGCGAUAUCGGGACGGGAUUGCUGGGGAAGUACCCCAACAAAGGGUGUGUGGCUGUCGGGUUGGACCUCCAAGUCAUCGACGCACAAUCGAAUCGGAGUCCCGUCUCCAUCUGUUUCGGGAACUCCCAUCUUGGGCCGCAUGAGGGCUUCGAGCCCUACGAAUGGCGAAACGAGGAGGUGCAGCAUAUCUUUGAAACCCUCUUGUUGGAGAAGCGUGCGAUCGACUCCGGCCAUCAUCGACCCCAUCAUGCACAUCACGACCCUUCCUCCUCGGAAGACAGCACCCGGAUACGACUACUCAGCGACUUCCACGCCGUCUUCUUCUUCGGAGACCUAAACUAUCGCCUCAUGGGCGCCGGGGUCUCCAGCUCCGGCGCAUGGACAGAGUUCCGUCAGAGCGUGCUGAGACAUAUAGACGCGAAAGAGGUCGAGGAGCUUCUCUCUAUGGACGAGCUCUCGGCGUUGCGUGAUGUGAAGAAGUUCAAGCCGCUGACUGGGUUCCUCGAGGCGCCUAUCACGUUCAUCCCUUCGUACAAGUUCAGAGGCGAAGACUCGAUAAACACUUCCGUGGAAACGAACCCGGGAUCGAAGGGUACGGCCGUCAGCAAGAAGACGGAUGAACCCUCGGGACUUUCCUCGCCGGCAUCUCCCAAGUCCCCUUCAUCGAGAACAGAAAUGCCACCAAUCCCUGCGGCCCGCCGCUUCGCAAACAACAGGGUCCCGGCCUACUGCGACCGCAUCAUGUACCGUGCCGUCGACCUCCAACUCGCCAACCCCCUCCACCCCGCUCCCGCCGACACAUCCGAUGACGGCGACAGCGGCACCUCGGAAAACCCCAUCGGCGACGCCUGGGAAUCCGCCCGCCAACGCACAUCAUCCGCCAUCGAGCCCCUCUACUACCACUGCGCGCACUCGGUCGUCUGGAGCGACCACAAACCCGUCGCGGCCCUGUACGCCCUCAAAAUCGACCAACUCCUCUCGACGCCUCGCACGCGGCAACUGACCGCUGGGCAACAGGAACGGAUGAUUGCGAGGUCGAGGAGUCAGCAGCUGAGACGGUUUAGGGAGAAGUCGAUGCAGAACACCGUUGUGCAGAUUGCGGUUACGUUGACGGUGUGUGUUACGGCGUUGGCGUUGUGGUCGGUGACUGGGGUGCCGUUGCCUUUGCCGGGGGCACUGUGACGCGGAAACGAAAGCACGCCAAGUUUUGGUAGAGACGUAUAGGUCGCAAAACAAGGGAUAAGACCAUUUCAUAUUUGUGCUCCCUUUUCCUGUUUUCUGUUGUAAAUACAGUACAUAUAAAA